AUGGCAGACUCGCCAUCACAAAUGGCUGCCCGAGGAACUAUUGUUUUGACAGGGGCCAACGGCGGCCUCGGGAGUGCCAUUGUCAGGCAGAUCUCAUCCAAGCCCGAGCUGCUGGGCCAUCAUGGGCUUUACAUUGUCCGGGACGCGUCAGCAGCGCCGGCGCUCGCCUCGGCCCUUGAGAGAGGGUCAUCGUCGCACACGCACGAGGCUGUUUCCCUCGACUUGAACGACCUCGACCGCGUACGACGAGUUGCACAAGACAUCAAUAGCCGUGUAUCUUCUGGCCAAAUCCCGCCUAUCCUUGUCCUCGUCCUGAACGCGGGCUUUUUAGACUUUUGCAACCAGGCCUGGACGGGCGACGGCUACGACGUUACCUUUGCGUCAAACUACCUGGGUCACUGGCUGCUCACACUCCUCCUGCUCCAGAGCAUGGACAAGGAGACUGGCAGCAUUGUCGUUGUUAGCAGCCAGUCGCACGACCCUAGUGAUCCCCGCAAUGCCCGCGGCAAGGCGUUCAAGGAAGCAAGGUACAAGCAGAUCAUCGGCAGUGGCGAAAGCAGCGUCGACGCCAUCGCGAAGGGCACAUGGAGCUCGGCCAAGGAAGACCCCUCCUUUCGCAGCGGGUUCCGGCGUUACGGCGCGUCAAAGCUGUGCCUCGUCAUGAUGCUGUACGAGCUUCGACGGCGUUCGGACAAGGACUCCAGCCUCAACAAGCUGAGAUUUGUCGGGGUUGACCCGGGCAGCAUGGUCACCAGCAUACAGCGCCACGCGCCAUGGGUCAUCCGCGUGGCAAUCUUUGGCAUCUUGUAUCCCGUCAUUGCGUGUCUUUUCCCAAACGGUCCCGUGCGGACUCCAGAGCGCUCGGCGUCGGAUGUUCUCGAUGCGGCUUUGGCGCCGAACCGAGCCGGAGGGGAGGGCUCAUCGGAGGCUCUAUACUUGAACGGCAGAGAUGCCGCCGAGGCGAACUCGGAGGUGAAGGACCCACGGAAACGGGAGUUGCUCUGGAAGCAGACGGUAAAGUAUACCCGGUUGGUGGCGGGCGAGACGAUACUUUGCCAUUGGCAGUAG